CAGGGGCGCACUGACAACUCAUGGGGCCCCCGGGCAAUAGGGGAUCAUGGGGCCCCUGUGUCCUUGCCCAAACUCAAAAAAGCCUAUGAAAAAAGUACCAGGGGCAUCUCAUGGGGCCCCCUACUGACCCCAGGCCCUUGGGCAGUGCCCGAGUUUCCAAAUGGUCAGUCCGCCCCUGGUCACUACUACAUAUACAGUGAAUGAAGGCCUGGAAGUGACUGCUGUAUAAUCACAACAUCCCGCCAAGCUUCAUAUUACUCCAUGAGGGGAUUGCAUUCAAUAUCACCAUUUAGAGUUAUUUAUUUUAUUUAAUUUAU